AAAAGAAGCAAUGAAUAUUUGUUUUCUGUAUGUUGGUCCUGUUUCUCUAGCUGUUUCCUCUUCUACCUGAAAAGUCAUAGCUUAUUAGUUUCCUGGAUGAAAGCAUUGGUUGACCUUGGUGCACUGUAUUCAGGUCCAUUCUGCCUUUUUUUACAGGGAAGGUUGUACCUGUGUGAUAUUUUAGGCUGGAGAAGCUUAGUGUUCAUACAGAGGCAUAAUGAUGGUCUCCUUCUGUCCUCUGGUCUCGUGUACUGUUAACUGCCUGUGAGCUGUUAUUUCCAGAGGACUAAUCAUAGUGACCCUGGGAUCUCUUCCCGCAUGAUAAUGCCUAAUUAGAGGCUGUUGGUUUAAGUACAUAGCAGAGUUGUCUUUUUCGUUGUUUAGUUUGCAUUUGUGAACAAGGAAUUUCAGCUGCUGAUUUUUAUCACACAUUUAUUUACAGAACUGCAGAACAACCUUCUGCAGUUUGUCAUUCAGUCUGGGUGUUUAAUUUUGUGAAUAGCUCUGUACAGUGCAUGAAUACACCACCUGUUCAUCCCCUUUUUAAAUUUAUUGAACAACAGAGAUACCUGCACAGACCACUUUGGGAUUCUAAUUUUUGUCUCUUUUGGACUUUCAUACACUCUUCUCAUCCUUCUUUACCUUAUUCCUGCAUUUUGCGCUUCCUCAUUUAUAAUCAGUCAUUAAUAAAUCCUCUGACAUCUUAGUUUAAGAGCCUUUGGAGGGAACAUUGUGAAAAGGCUCUUGAAAAUCCAAUUAUACUGUCUUGCCCAGGUGUGUUGGAUUAUUCCUUCUUCCAGAGCACUGUGGCAGACUUGUUAGUGUACCUUCCUUCCACAGAAUGAAUGCUGACAUUUCACCAGUCCUGUUUGCAGUUGCCAAGUUUGUUCUGUGACCCAUUUUGAUUAACAGAAACCUAGAAUUUGCAUGAGAAUUAUUCUCUUAAUUCCCUGGUAAUCUUUAGAGAAACUAGUUAGUUACCUUCUUGCAUUCCAUGCCCGAUUUAACUUGCAGGUUAUAUGCUACUGAAAUUUGUGUGUUUCAUAAUUUCUGAUGUCUGGAAUACUAGUUCUGGCUCUGCCCAGUAAAUAUCUCACCAACUUUCGGAACUAGUAAGGUGGUGGUUUGUUUUGUUCUGGUAUUUUGUUUGUUUGAUUUUUUUUCUCUCUUUCCUUUAAGAAGUUGUCUGCUUUGCAGAGACAGAUGAGCUAUAGAGUUUGGCUAAAGUUGAUGAGGAGGACAUGCCGAAGAUGGUUUCUGAGGUUUCCCUCUUGUCUGUGGCAUGGAGAGAUGUGGUAACAGAAUGUUCUGCUCCAGCUAUGUGUAGAGAUGCCUACGUAACACACGUUGCCAGCAAUUGUACAAAAUACUUCACCACUGAACCAGUUGCUCAGGUACCCUGCCUGUCUUUGUUGCUAUGGGAGAUUGGAAGACUAUUACUGUGCCAGUGCUGUCAUCAGAUAGCAAAAAUAUAUUUCAAUAUACCUCAGAAAGAAAGAGAUCUCCUACAAGCAUGAACUCACAAGUGCUACGCUUGCCACUGCCUUCAUCCAAAAACAUGCACAGCUUUUUCAGUGCCUUCUGCACAGAAGAGAAUAUUGAACAGAGUAUAUCCUAUAUUGAUAGGGAAUUGACAACAUUGGGCUUUCCUUCUAUUUAUGCGGAAUCCAAAGGAAAAGAGUUGAAUUUAAUAUCUAUCAUAAAUUGUAUAAAUGAAUUGCUUGCACUCCAGCACAAGAACCUUCGAGCUCAGGAAGAAGUAGAAAUGCAGCAUCUGAAACUGGGAAGUGAUAUGGAUCACUUACAGAACUGCUAUGCUAAAUUAAAGGAACAGUUGGAAUUAUCUAAAAGGGAAAUAGUUGGGCUUCAGGAAAGAGACAGACAACUGCAAAGCAAGAACAGAAAUUUGCACCAGUUACUUAAAAAUGAAAAGGACGAAGUUCAGAAGUUACAGAACAUAAUUUCAAGUAGAGCUACACAGUACAAUCAUGAUAUGAAGAGGAAAGAGAGAGAAUUUAACAAAUUAAAGGACCGCUUACGUCAAUUAGUCAUGAACAAAAAGGACAAAAAGAUAGCUAUGGAAGUUCUAAAUUAUGUUGGUAGAGCUGAUGGGAAGAGAGGUGCAUGGAGGACUGAUAAGACAGAAGCCAGAAAUGAAGAAGAAAUGUACAAAGUUCUGUUAAGUGACUAUGAACAACGCCAAAAACAGCUUUUAGUGGAAAAUGCUGAGCUGAAGAAAGUUCUUCAGCAAAUGAAGAAAGAGAUUAUUUCACUUCUCCCACCACAGAAACAGAAACCUAAGGAAAGGUCUGAAGAUGGGCUGGUGCUGUCAGACCUGGAGGAAGAUAUUGGAGAGUUAAAUAAAGAGAACAUGUGGGAAUUAUCUUGUGAAACUGUGCGAGAGCAGCUUACAAACAGCAUUAGAAAACAAUGGAGAAUGUUGAAAAAUCACGUUGAAAAGCUGGAUAACCAAGUGUCACGUGGACAUUCAGGAGCCUGGAAUGAAAAAGAUGUCAUUUCAAGAGAAGACCAUGAGCUGGAAACUGAAAAGCUAGAGUUAGAGAUUCAGCAAUGUAAAGAAAUGAUCAAAACUCAGCAACAGCUCUUGCAGCAACAGCUUACAUGUGAUGAUGAGACCACUCUGUUACUACAAGACUGCUACUUGUUGGAAGAAAGAGAACGUCUUCAGGAAGAAUGGAGACUAUUUCAAGAACAAAAAAAGAAUUUUGAGAAGGAACGAAGAAGUUUUACAGAAGCUGCUAUUAGAUUAGGACUUGAGAGAAAGGCAUUUGAAGAAGAUAGAGGAAUGUGGCUGAAGCAACAGUUCUUAAGUAUGACUGCUGAUUGCAAGCACUCUGAAAAUGUGACAACUCCAAGUGCCUUCUUAAGAAGUUCUGACCAAGACAAUUGGUUAGUGAAAUCUACAUCUCAGCAAAGGAAACCUCCCUCUGUGUUGAAUGGUUCUAUUUCAGCAGAACCUUGCCAGACAUCUCAGUAUAUUACACAUAACAGCGUUGAAUCAAAAAAAAUUGCUGGAGAUAGCAUGCCAAAUCUGUGGGUGGAAAGUGAUGACAAAGAAGAAACUGGAGAAUGCACCAAGUCAUGGGAAGACUCUGGAGUUGGCACUCUGCUCUGUAGAAACUUGCACAUGGAACAACUGCCUUAGACUUCCGAGGGUUGCCUGCUGGGGUUUUUGUUAGACGUUUGUUCAUAAACUUAUCGUUCUAAAUGAAACAGAA